UGUACUAUGUCAAAGUUAAAGUACCAGAAAAGUAAAAACAUUAUAUCCUAUUUCCCAGAUCAUUAACCUUCCUGAUUAACCUCCAUAGCCGAAUUCUUGAAGAGAAACAAGCAGCAACAAAGUUUCUUCUAGUCUUUUUGGGGUUUCUUCCACAAUUAACGAGUUGGAUCAACCAGGUAAUCUGUCCUUAAACAAACAAACAAACAAACCAAGUAUGACCCCUGUUACAUCAAAGCAGUAUGCAGAUGAUGUAAGCCUGCUAAUGGUGUUAAUCGACACAAAUCCGUUGUUCUGGAGCUCAACUGCUGCCCCUUUAUCGUUCUCGAAGUUCCUAUCUCAAGUUCUUUCUUUCGUAAAUUCAAUACUUCUACUAAAUCAACUGAAUCAAGUUAUGGUGAUAGCGACUGGCUUAAACUCCUGUGAUUACAUUUACGAUUCUUCAUCGGGGCCCACAACCCCGAGAUUCGAUACCCUGUUGCAGAAAUUGGAGGAUUUUGUGGUUAAAGAUGAAGAGCUUAAUAAAGAUGACUCGGUUGACGGGAUCGGGUCAUCCUUGCUUUCUGGAUCUCUUUCAAUGGCGCUCUGUUAUAUACAACGCGUAUUUCGUUCUGGGUCACUUCAUCCACAACCUCGGAUUUUGUGUAUGCAUGGAUCACAAGAUGGAUCUGGACAAUACGUUGCCAUCAUGAAUUCAAUUUUCUCUGCUCAAAGAUCAAUGGUACCUAUAGAUUCUUGUGUUAUCGGAUCACAACAUUCGGCAUUUUUACAACAGGCUUCUUAUAUAACCGGAGGUGUAUAUCUGAAGCCACAACAGCCUGAUGGAUUGUUUCAGUAUCUAACGACGGUAUUUGCAACAGAUUUACAUUCCCGUAGCUACUUACAGCUCCCUAAGCCCGUGGGUGUAGAUUUCCGUGCUUCGUGUUUUUGUCACAAAAACACAAUCGACAUGGGAUACAUUUGCUCUGUUUGUCUGUCUAUUUUCUGUAAGCAUCACAAGAAAUGUUCGACUUGUGGGUCGGCUUUCGGUCAACCCCAAACAAACAUAUCGGCAUCGAAUCAGAAGACGAAAGCUCCUUAAAUCGUAUGUUACGAGUCGAAUCUUUAGUUUGAUAAUGCAGAGAUGGAUCCAAGGAUUCCAUCCGAACCGGCCCACGUCAAUUUUACAGCCAGUUUGCGAGUGAAACUUUGCCGCUGAGAAGGAAAUACCCGUUUGAUCCCCGUUCUCCAGCCCCAAGCGCUCCACCUCCCGAACCCCAGCUUUAGAUAAAUCUUUAUCCAGCAUAUUAAUAUCCCAGUUAUAUUGUUGUUUACUAGACUAUUUGAAUCCGCUUUUCCCCAAAUAAAAACUAUACGAAUUCCUUCCAAAGUGUUUAUAACCUUAGUCGGGGCUUUGAAAAUAGAGAGGUAGUAAGAAGGAAGGUUUCUGAGUACUGAUUUUGCAAGGGUAAUUCUUCCGCCCAUAGAGAGGAGUUUCGCCUUCCAACUUGAGAGUUUCUUAGUGAAUUUUCGGAUGACACUUCUCCAAGGUUUGACCCGUUUCAUAUUUUCCCAAUGGGAAGCCCGAGGAAAUUGAAAGGGAUCGAACCCGCUUUGCACCACAUCAUGUUUGACCCAUUUCUUCCACCGCACCUUCAUCACCCCCCCACUCCCAUAAGAGAGCUUUUUUUAAGGUUUACUUUCAGCCCCGUCACUAAUUGUAAGACCCACAUAAUUCUUUUAAGGUUUUGCACAUUCUUUCAGGACCACGACCCCAAGAAAAUUACAAAGGUGGGUAAGGGUAUACUCACAAUUUGGAAUGGAAAUGCCUUCAAACAAACUGAUUCUAGUGGCUCUCCUCAUGAAGACUUCAAGCACUUCCAAGACUAAGACAAAAAGGAACGAUGAAAGCGGAUCACCUUGGCAAAGACCCCUUUCCAAAGUGAAUUCUUUUGUCGGCGACCCGUUGAUGAUAACCAAAGCUUUGCUUGGUGUAAGACACAAAUCAAUCCACCCUCUCCAUCUCUUUGGGAAAGCCAUCAUCUUAAGAUUAUUAAGAAGUUACAAUUACCGAUUCCUAUGCUUUAUCGAAGUCUACUUUAAAAAGCAACAUUUCCUUUUUUUCUUCUUGGCCCAAGAAAUAACCUCAUUCAGGAUUAGGAGCCCAUCAAGGAUAUUCCUCUUAUCCACGAAGGCCGAUUGGGUUUGGGAGGAAACCGAGCCUAUGACCGCUUUUAGGCGGGUUGUGAGGGUUUUAGCGAUAACUUUAUACACAACUCCUAUCAAGGAGAUGGGUCUAAAGUCAACCAAAGUUUGAGGAUCGAGGAUCUUCGGAACUAUGUCGCACGGGAACGGGUAUGGGUACGGGAUUGGGGUACGAGGACGAUACGGGUACGGGGAACGACAAAAUUCAAAAUUUCAAGAUACCGGUACGGCAAAAAAAUACAAAAAAAAAUAUAUAUUUAACAAAGUUCAAAAUAGAUAUAUAUAUUGAUGUAAAUUGUAAACUCCUUUUUUCUCUAUUACAUAUAAAUCAAUUUUAAAUUCUA